CCCCCUUAUGUUUAGGUAGCCAUCGUUCGGUGCCCGGCCGCCUUGGUCUUUGAACAGAGCUAAGGUCUAGGUGAUGCAACUUUUGCAAGGCAAUCUCGUGACUAUGCCACUCGAUUCAGGUAAUGCAGCAUAAGAAGAGUUGCAGGGGUAGCCCAAAGAUCCUUCACAAGAUCAAAAGCUGGCCCGCCUAAGCUGUACCGUCUCCGGCGGCACCGUGGAUCUGUGGAUGCGGCCUUCUCUUUGUUUAUAGGACACCUUUUGGUGCCCACUACUUUGAUCCUUCCUGCCGCCACAUCAGCUGGGCUCAGCUCAGUGGGGCGCUAGGAAAAGUCAGAACUGCUCUUGGCUUUAGGGGCGCGCGGUUGCUAGGUUGGCAGAAUGGCGGGCGCUUACUCUAACGGGCUGCUGGCGGAUGACUCCCCCCUGAAGCACUCGGUGCCCUUGCUCCUGCUCCAGCUGCUGAUCAUCAUUGGGCUCAGCCGCUUUUUGGCGCUUUUCCUGCGCCACUUGAGGCAGCCCAGAGUCAUUGCAGAGGUGAUUGGCGGGGUGAUUCUAGGACCCUCAGUCAUGGGCUACAUCCCUGGCUACCUGAAACACCUGUUUCCCAGCUCAAGCAUACCCAUCCUGGAGUCCACUGCGUCGAUCGGGCUGCUCUUCUUCCUGUUCUUGGUGGGACUUGAGCUCGACAUCGGGUCACUCAAAGCAGUGGGCCCAAAAGCGUUUGCUAUCUGCGCUAGUGGGAUAGCAGUGCCAUUUGCGUUGUCGGUGCCCAUUACUGUGGCCAUCAAACAGCUGGACAUGUCGACCGUCGGCUUUGGCUACCUGUAUUUGUUCGUGGGGGUGGCCUUGGGGAUCACUGCGUUCCCAGUUCUAGCACGUAUUCUCGCAGAGACCCGGUUGCUGACGACAGACAUCGGCAGGAUCGUUAUGGCGGCAGCAGCGGUCGAGGACGUCGUUGCAUGGUGUCUCUUGGCCCUCACCGUGGCUGUGCUAAACGCGCGAAACGCGACUCCGUUGGUCGGCCUGUGGAUCUUCCUGGCGGGAAUCGGGUUUAUCAUUUUUAUGUUCACCUGCGUCAAGCCGGUCGUUCACUACAUCGCACGCCGCAACGACGAGCGCGGUAUCGUUUCCGAAUUCUCCGUCUUCAUCGCGCUCUGCCUGGUUCUGGCCGCCUCCUUCAUCACGGACAUGAUUGGCAUCCACCCCAUCUUCGGAGCAUUCAUUGCUGGUCUGAUGAUCCCCCACGACUCGGCAUAUGCCAUCACUCUGACCACCAAAGUAGAGGACUUCAUCUCCGUCAUAUUCCUUCCUGCCUACUUUGCCGUCUCUGGCCUCAGAACUCAGGUGUCUUCUAUCGACUCGGGCAAAGCCAUUCUCGUUCUGUUUGUUGUCAUCCUCGCCGCGUGCCUGGGCAAGAUCGUGGGUUGCACCACCGCCGCCUUCGCCUUCCGGGAGCCCUUCCGCAAGGCCCUCACCAUCGGACUGCUCAUGAACUCCAAGGGUCUGGUGGAGCUGAUCGUGCUCAACGUGGGCCUGCAAGCCGGCGUGCUCAACCAGCAGCUCUUCUCCAUCUUCGUCAUCAUGGCGCUUGUGACGACAUUCAUGACGACACCGCUAGUCAUGUGGGUCUACCCCCCCGCUCGCUUCCAGAAAGCUUCCCACCCCCCUGCGCCGAAGCUCCAGUCCCUGGAGGGCAAGCAGCUCCGCUUGCUGACCUGCCUUUUCGGGCGGAACGACAUUCCGGGGGCCGUAAACCUGUCGGAGUUGGCGAAGGGGUUGGAGCCACAGGGGCUGAAAGUGCACGCGCUCCAUCUGCAAGAACUGUCCGAACGAUCGUCCGCAAUUCUCACUAUGCAGCGCUGGGCGGGAAGGGUCUCCCCCGCGUUCGGCAUGACAAACAUCGGCGUCGCUUUCAAGUCGUUCAACGACCUGGAGGCACGUGUCCCCGUGACGUCAUCCGUGGCCGUUUCUUCGAUCGCCCACAUGCACGAGGACAUCAAAGCUGCCGCGGAGCGCACGCAGAGCAACGUGCUGGUGCUGCCGUAUCAACGGGCGGGCGCGCUCGGGAAGUUGCUCGACUUUCCCGGAAGCGGGCUUAACCAGGUAAAAAAGCGCACAAGGGACAACGUGCUAGUGCUGCCGUAUCAGAGGGCGCGCGCGCUCGGAAAGCUGCUCGACUUCCCGGGAAGCGGGCUUAGCCAGAUUACGAUGCAGACGCUGAAGCAUGCCCCCUGCAGCGUCGCCCUUCUAGUUACCCCGGAGGAAAGCUCCGGCCACUCUCUCCAGUCCCCUCGUUCCGUUUCUCCCGAGAGGGAUCCCCUCACCCGGGCAGUCAUGCUCUUCUUCGGCGGCGCCGACGACCGCGAGGCCCUGUCCUUCGCAACCCGCAUCGGGACGCACGCGAAAGUCUCUCUCACGGUCGUCCGCUUCCGUCUCAACAAGGCCCCCGCUGCCCGCGCUAGUUUCUCCGAGGGGAGUGCGCUGAUUAGCCGGCGCCAGAGCGCGGAGAUUGAGGCCCCGGUUGAAGCGACGCAGCAGUCUGAGGAUGUGAGUAUUGAGGUCGCCCGGUUGGAGCCAAACCGGGAGGAAGAUUUGGAUGAAGCCGCCGCGGCGCUGUUGAUCGCGGAGAUCAAGAAGGAUCGGUCCGAGGGGCGCAGGGAGAGAGCGACGCUGGAGGAAAUGGACGUCGAUGAGAGGAACGUGCAGGCAACGGUGCAGGCGCUCAAGCUCCCCGAGUACGACCUGGUCAUCGUGGGCCGCCACGUGUCCCGACCGCUCUCCUGCUUCCCAGGAGAAGUCCCCGCCCCGCUUUCCCGAGGGCCCUCGUUUAAGGGUUUGAGAGAUACACUAACGGCGACCAUGUCCGGCAGGGAAAUUUCGGACACAAAACUCGUUUUGGGUCCGGUUGCGGACGCCGUUUUGCGCAUUGGCGUGGGGGAGCAAGCUUCCCUCUUGGUCGUGCAAGAAGCACAGGACAAGAAAUAG